AUGGACGAGAUGGCGGCGACCGCGCGCUCCCAGGUCGUCGUCGUCCCCGCCGCGCGGCCCUCCUCCCCUCCCCGCGCCUCCAUCCCCGUCUCCUCGUCCUCCGCCGCCUCCGCGCCUCCCCAGCAAACCGCUACCGCCAAGCUCCCAUUCUCGGCAGCGGUGCCCGCAUCCACCUCCGCCUCGGGCUCCUUCUCCGUCCCUAUACCUAUCGCCUCCGACGGGCUGGGCCCCGAGCCCAGCACGCUCACCGAGCCCGUCUGGGACACCGUCAAGCGCGACCUCGCCCGCAUCGUCAGCAACCUCAAGCUCGUUGUCUUCCCCAACCCCUUCCGCGACGACCCUGGCAAGGCGCUGCGCGACUGGGACCUCUGGGGCCCCUUCUUCUUCAUCGUCUUACUCGGACUCAUCCUCUCCUGGUCGGCCACCGCCAAGAAGUCUCAAGUGUUCGCUGUUGCCUUUGCGGUAUUAGCUGCUGGUGCUAUAGUUCUCACACUCAAUGUUCUACUACUGGGUGGGCACAUCAUCUUCUUCCAAAGCCUCAGUCUUCUCGGAUACUGUCUGUUCCCGCUGGAUGUGGGGGCUCUGAUUUGCAUGCUUAAGGACAGUGUCAUACUAAAGAUGGUCGUGGUGACGGUAACAUUGGCAUGGAGCUCUUGGGCAGCAUACCCCCUCAUGAGUGCUGCUGUUAACCCAAAGAGAAAGGCCCUGGCGCUGUAUCCCGUGUUCCUCAUGUAUAUCUCAGUUGCCUGUCUCAUAAUUGCUAUAGUUUGA